AUGCGCCGCACCUUCAACAAGCUGGGCCUCUCUGCUCUGCGCGCCUGCCGUGGCGCCGGUGCUGCUGGGGCCGCCGCAUCCGCUCACGUGUCUGGAUUCGCCCGAGUGCCGUCCACGUCUGCGCCGACCGCGCUCACGGUGCCGCGCCGCUCCGCCAGCGACGCCGCGCUCGCCGACGCCACCCGCCGAGAGCUGGAGGAGGAGAUGGGUCGCAGCGACAAGCCAGAGCAGCCGACGCCGCCAACCGGCUGGCAGGUGGUACGCAAGUCCGGCACGUGUACCUUCGACCUCACCAAGUCUUUCGAGGAUGAGGAGCUGGUGGUGCGCUACAGCACGAACCAGGACUCCGACAAAGCGAACAGCCACGACAUUUUUGUGUACAUUACACAGAAGAAUGGGCAGACGAUGCAGGCGGACCUGAGCAUCGAGGAGGGCGAGUUGGUGCUGAACAACAUCCGCUUCUACGACGAGGCAGCUCUCGCGAAGGACACCAGCGCCGAGGCGGAGGCGAAGCGGAAUGAGCUGUACACCGGCCCGCUGGUGCACGAGUUAGACUACGACCUCCUGAACUGCGUGAUGACGUACCUGGAGAAGCGCGGCGUGGACGAGAAGCUGGGCGAAUUUGUGGUCCUGUACAGCUUCUGGGCGGAGCAGCAGGACUACGAGGCGUGGCUGACCACAAUGAACAAGUUUGCCUCGUAG